UUAUUAUGGCUAAUUGAUGGGUGAACCAGCUACACGUGUACUUCUUAUUCCUAAUACUGGACGUCGACAUCAGUUACGUGUACACUGUGCAGUGGGUUUGGGCCAUCCAAUCGCUGGAGAUAUCACCUAUGCACGUCGUCCAUUCGACCAUAUUGAUGUAGAAUACAAGCACGAUGUUUAUAGAACUCAUAAUAUACACCUAGAUUGCAAACUAAAACGUAUGAUGUUGCAUGCCUACUACAUGGAAAUGAAAUUGAGAAUGAAUGAUGACUCCAACGAUAAUAAAUGUCGAAGAAAGUUGUCAGUAGAGAAAAAUUAUCAAUUUCAAACAGGUGAAAAUCCAUUUUUUGAUGCAAAUGAUUCUUAUCUUUGGAUUGAAGAAGAGAAUUUGUUAUCACAAACAACUAAUUAUACACUAGACGAAUAUAUCAAAAAUGUCAACUUUUUACUUUCUGACCAAUAAGAGUUUAGAUGAUGAUGAUGACCGAGAUUGUUAUUUGUGUAUAUGAUAAAUUCUUCUCAUAUUUUUGAUACACAAUCAAUCUAGUGUUGUUUUUAUAAAGAAAAAAUGCAU